AUGUCGCGGGCGUCCUUCUCUCGCAUUCCCGUCAAGCAAUUCGCUGCGGUUGUGGACGCCAGCUUCCAAAGCGCUGAGGCUCUCACCGAGCAGCUAUGGAACUCAAUUCUUCCUCGUAUGAUUUCCACGCUUGCGCGUUCGGAGUGUGUCAGUGAGCUUCAGCGGUCUGUUGGUUGCAUUGCCCGGAGCAGUGCCCUGCCGACGCUCAGGCCGUGCAGCUGCGGCAAGCUCUUCUGCGAGGGCCAUGUUCAAUCUAUGUCGACGACGUCCCAGAGCGUGCUUGCGCAGCCUGCUUGGGCUGCUGACGAGCGCGCCCCUGGCCUGGCAGAACGACUUUCGGAAGUUACCAAGCACUUUCCCACCGCGCUUUCCGUCGACGACUUUAUCUCCCGAGUCGAAGUCGCGCUGGCGGGCUAUGGCUUCACAGGCGACAACUCCAUCGCUAUGAGUAACCUGUGCCGAGAUGAGUCUUGCCUUAUCCUCGAGGACAAGAUUGAGGCGGCGUUUGGAUCCUGCUUCAGCACACAUGGCCUGGGCGGUGUCCUCACGUGCGGCGUCAUCGGCGUGAAGGCCGGACUCAGCCACUCACCAGUCGUUGGAGGUAAGGAGCGCUACGUGUUCUUCUCCUUCCCCCACAUCGCCAUUGACAGCGACGGCAAGGUCGGCGCCGUUAGUCGACCCAACCGUCCGGGAGCCAGCGCCGCGUGCGGUGCCCUCAUUGCGUGCCUUGGCGACUUGAAGAAGGACGGUCUGGAGGCCAACGUCAAGGCCCCCGGAGUGCACGACCCGUUGGAGCCGGAGUACUCCAUCCUCAAGCAGCGCAUCGCUCGCCGUCUGACCUACGAGGGCAAAAAGCCACAGGAGCUCAGUCUGGUGGACAUCACCAAGGCGGCCGAGCGCGUAAUCUCCUCGGAUUUGGAGUACCUGAUUUCUAAGGCGGUGGAUCCGACGAAGGCCGACUACGCGGUGUUCACAGGCGUGCAGAUUCACAACUGGGCCGCAGAUCUCAACAAUACCGAUGUACCUUCCCUGGAGUUUGUGGGCGUGGGCAAGAGCUACGUGGUAGUCAACGGAGAGAAGGUUCAUCUGGACCUCUCCAAGGUGCCGGCUCUGUCGCCGCGGCAGCUACAGAUUCUGGCCGCAGCUUCCGCCGCGGACGGCAAGGCCGCUACCGCCGCUGCCGCAGGUAAACUUGUACAGGAGAUCCCUCGCGAUUACCUGCUCAAGCGCCUGGGCGGUGCUCAGAGCCGCAGUCACGUGGACAGCAGCAGCUCGCCUGCGUGGGGCAGCUACGUCAAGACGGACUACAAGGAUCCAUACGCUGGAGCGCCCCAGAUGGAUCACCCGUUUGUGGCGGCGACGGCUCCGAAGGAGGACCCGACUGUGGCCAACACGAGCUUCUUCUGGAACAAAAAGUGA